GGGCUUGAUAGCAGGAAGCUUCGUUCAUUUCGGAGUGCACGGGGAUGGGAAUUUUGUUUUGUGCAGCGCUUUCUGUUAAAAUACGUACCUCCCGAAAUUACUUCCUUUAAGCGGAAUUUUAACUAUCGUAACGUUGUUUUUUUUAAAGGAAACUAGUUAUUUUGUUCUGAUUCCUCCAGAGAUUGUCAAUAGGAAUGAGUAUAGAAAUUCCCGAAGGACUGACGGAGCUAUUGCAGAGCUUUACCGUGGAAGUGUUGAGGAAUCAGCCCCGAGAUCUGCUGGAGUUUGCCCUGCAGUACUUCACUCAAUUGAAGGAAAGUCAGAGCCAAGGGGUCGCUUUUGGCAAUGACCAAAAUUCGGCUAUUAGACCUGGGAAGGCAGUCAACUUUAUCGAGGAAGCCAUGCAGAUCGACUCGGAAAAUGGGGAGGAUGAAGAGGAGGAGGACGAGGAAUUCGUAGCUCCAGUGAUCAACAGAUUUGUAAGAAGAGCUUCAGUGUGCGCUGAAGCAUUCAACCCAGACGACGAAGAGGAAGACAAGGAGCCGAGGAUUACGCAUCCUAAAACAGACGAGCAGAGGCAGAGACUGCAGGAGGCCUGCAAGGACAUCCUUCUGUUCAAAAACUUAGACCCGGAGCAGAUGUCACAGGUGCUGGACGCCAUGUUUGAGAAGCUGGUGGAGGCCACUGAGCACAUCAUUGACCAAGAUGACGACGGUGAUAACUUCUAUGUCAUUGAAAGAGGUACUUUUGACAUUGUCGUGAAGGUUGACAGUGCAGAGCGUACCGUGGGCUCCUAUGACAACCGUGGAAGUUUUGGGGAGCUGGCUUUGAUGUACAACACUCCAAGAGCGGCCACCAUCAUUGCUACCUCACCUGGUGCUCUCUGGUGCCUGGACCGACUGACUUUCCGAAGAAUCAUUGUGAAGAAUAAUGCGAAGAAGAGGAGGAUGUACGAAGCUUUCAUAGAGACCCUUCCGUUGCUCACGCAACUCGAGCUCUCUGAGAGAAUGAAGGUGGUGGACGUGAUAUCCUCUAGAGUUUACACCGACGGGGAACAGAUCAUUGCUCAGGGAGAUUUGGCUGAUUGUUUCUACAUUGUAGAAUCUGGACAGGUUAGAAUCACCAUGAAGAGGAGCAAAUCAAAGAAAGAUGUGGAGAAUGAGGAGGUAGACAUUGCCGUGUGCACCAGAGGACAGUAUUUUGGAGAACUUGCGCUGGUGACUAACAAGCCCAGGGCCGCCUCAGCGUAUGCCGUGGGGGAAGUAAAGUGCUUAGUUAUGGACGUCCAGGCCUUUGAGCGGUUGUUGGGCCCCUGCAUGGACAUCAUGAAGAGAAACAUUGGAAACUAUGAAGAGCAGCUAGUUGCCCUAUUUGGAAGUAACACUGACAUUGAGGAUCAGAAUGCAUGAAAGCCCAAUGGCAAGAACUGACCUGCGGCACAUGUGAAGAGAAAAGGAAGGUGUUUUGGGGGAAGCCGUCAACUUCUAGAUGCCAAGUGUUGCCAUGACCACUCUUGUAUUUUUUUAACAUGUAUUUAUUUAUUUAUUCUGCUUUCUGAAAUGUGUAGCUCCACAUUAACGAUAGCAGUUUAGAUAUUUUAGACAAAAUAUAUUGGUAUACUUCCAGAUUUCAUGGAAUGCUGGAUGAGUUUUUUGGGGCAUAGAGCACAUCUUGUGUGUACCUUUGCUCAGUAUAUUCUAUGAAGUUAGGCAAGAUGUUAAUCUAUUUGGUAAAUGUUUAUGUCUACUUAUUAAUUUUAACAGCUUUUUUUGUGCACCCAGUCCAUAAUGUUUCAACAGAAUUAAUAGUCAUACUUUAAUGCACACAUACUUCAUAUUAUGGCAUUAUUAAAGAUGGCUUCAGUUGAUAUCUCCUCCCAAUUUCCCUUUUUAUCUCACUUUCUCAAAACCACUUGUUGAUUUUUGGCUUUAGAUCCAGUCUACCCACAGUGCACUGUAUCUUUAAUACUGCAUUGCAGGAAGUAAAAAAAAAAUGUCAGUUUUACUUUUUUAAAUUCUGUUUCAUGUUUUCGAUACUUGCGCAUUAUAUCUUGUUGGUUGCUGAAAUUAACAAUACUGCAGUCAGAUUGGAAUAAUCAUGACAAAUUCUGAAAUGAUACUGAAUCAAAUCAAAUGUGCACUGCAAGCAGACUGAAUCUUGGCCUUAGUUCCACAGCCUGCAUAUUAUAUCCAAUUUUGUGCACAGCAAAGGGGGAGUUAGAAAAAACCCAAUUCUUGGACAAAAGAUGAAAUAUAGCAAAUCCCCUCUUGUUUGUAGCACAAAUGGUUAACAUUUAAGACUUGUGCAAAGUCAGACGUACCAAAAGAUGCUAUUUCUUUUUGUCUUCAUGACAAUGUUACUGACUUUGUUAUUUUAAAGACCUGCCUGUCAAUUGUAGAUUAAUGUUGCGAGAAACACAAUCUUUCAAAAUUGUUAUUUCAAACAGGAAAAAGAAGUGUACAUUUAUUGUUUAAUUGUUACACUUAAUAGCUUAUAGUGGCUGCUUCUUGUUUUUUGUGUAGGAUGUUUGGCCCAAUGCACAAUUGUAUGUCUUAUGUAUACUUGAAUUUUGUUUUAUCUAAAGUGCUGAUCAUGACUAGACUAUCUGUUAAGGUUGUACAUAUGUAGCUUACAGCGUGCUGACUUUUAUACCCUAGAAAUCAAACAGAGCAGAAAAACAAAAGUAUUUGCUUUCUGAAACUGAAAAUAUAGCUCCUCUGAUUAAUAGCUGAGUGUUACUUUCAAAUUGAUAUUUGCGACCAACCAUUAUGCUGUUUGAAUUUCUAUGGCAGCAGAAUGUGAGUCUUCAGGAUAUGAAUUUUUUUAUUUUGUAUUUUUUGGACUGAUUACAUUUUUAACCACUCAAAAUGUAUCCCAGUCCAAUGCCAGUACAGAUCCAUUGUCACUGAUGUUGUAGUCUCACAUUUUAAACUUUUGUCUCUUGACUAAUGAUUAAUAAGUCACUUUUGUUUUGUUUAAAAUGGAGAUUGUCUUUAGGGUUCGGAACAAUGUGUUUGCAAAAUAUUUAAGUACUGCAAGAGGGGUUCAGGUUGACAGGUAAAUAUAUUUUGGCACUCUAAAACAGGGACACUUCCUAUUUGUAAUUUGACCUGCUUUUGAAGACCGAUUUGUUAUUUUGCCUAUAGUGUAAAUGGCAAAUGUAGUUCUUGCUUCUGAAUCAUAAAGCUCCAGUCCAUCACAUUAAUCUAUCACAUUUCUUUGUUGUUUGCCUUUUGUAAUGAAUCUGUUUGGGCGUCUUCUACAUUUCAUCAAGUUAUUGAUGUAAUUGAGCUUUCCUGUCUCAGUAAACCUCUGAACAGAAGCGUAGCAGCAUUUCAUGAAACCUUGGAGGUCAGCCAUUACUUCCAAUGACAGCUUAUUGGUUUUGGGUAAAUUAUCGUCUACCUCUGCACCAACAAUACCAACAUGUUUACGUAUUCCCACAGGAAGACCAUGCCUUCCUUCCUCUUUCAGCAGCAAGCAGCAGUAAUCCCUUGUUUUCAUAGUAUUUACAUGGUUGCAUACUCUUCCCCAUCAGUUCAGUGUCUGAAUCUGUCAUUGAGUUUAACUUGGCUUUGUAUGUUUAACAGGAUGUAAACAAAACAACAAAAAGUACACCUACUGCUCUGUAUUAAAUCCUGUUAUAACCCUCUGGCACUAGCUUAGUGUUGGCUGUGCUGUCCAUUUCUUGUAAAGCAGUUCAAAGGUCUACAGAAUCUCAAUGCCAGAGUAUUUUCAGUAUUAUAUUGUUGGUUAUAUCUGAAUUUUCAUUACAAUAAAGUACAGUUUUAUUAAA